AAAAAUUAUAAAUUUAUCGAUGGUUGUGUUAGGGAUGAAACUUUGUGGUCAAGACAUCUGGCAACACCGUAAGUAUUAUUUGCUAGAACAAAAAAGCGCAAAUUGCGAAUUUUCGGUAGCGCAAUAAGAGAAUCUAAGGAACUCCAGAUGACUAACCGCGUAUUACGGUCAUCGGGAAGGCAACCAAAUUGCUAGGCGGAGCAUUUGACGAACGGUGUGCAAAAAGUCACGUAGGCUGAUCGAUAAUCAAGCAGACGCACCAACACCCACACACAUACACAUGGAAAUCCAACGAGGAGAAAGAGAAAAUAAUGUAGAAUUGGCUGCCGGCGGGGCGUAUUCGGGCAAGGAGUCGCAGGAAAAUUCUACCAAGGAAGUAGGAGUAGACGGGGCAAUGGCUGUGGAACUAAGGACGCCCGAUAAAGAUGCCGAAUCAAAGGGUAAUGAGGCGUCGGUGGUGGGGGAAGACAACAACGCAGAUGCCCGCGGAAAUGCCACUGCAGCACUAGAAACAACAACUACAGUCACAGAGGCCCCCAAGCCCAACAACAGUUCACACACACAGAACCAGCAACUGCAGUCAAGCAAUGGGAAUGCACCUAAAACAACAACAAUGGAAAUCGGAGGGACUGCAAUUGCAAAAAAAACAAAAGAUGACAUUGUAGAAGAGGAAAAAAUAACAGCAGCAGCGGCAGUAGCAGUAGAAGCGGAAUCAAAAACAAGCAUGGGCGAAAAGACAGAGGAACGCAAUCACAAGAAAAAGAAAAAAGAUAAGGAGCGCGAGAGAGAUGAAGAUAAGAACGGCAGUCGUCACAGCAGCAACUUUGGCAGCGUUGGGAGCAGCAGCAAGGAUUGGGAUCGGGAGCGGGAGCGGGAGCGUGAAAGAGAUCGGGACAGAGACCGGGACCGUGACCGCGAUAGGAACCGCGAAAGUAGCUUCAAGACCUCUAAGGAAGGCGACUACAAAUCCAGUUCCUCCCGCAAAAAGGACAAGUAUCAUCGCAGCGAUAGGGAUCGGGAAAAGGAGAGAGAGCGGGAGCGGGAGCGACAACGAGAUCGAGAAAAGGUGUCCUCCUCGUCUUUCAGUUCAUCGUCGCACUCGCACCGUCGUCGAAGCUCUGAAAGCAGCCGAGGCAGUCAGAACAGCUGCCCAAAAACCAAGGAACCCAAGCUGGAUCCGGCUCCGCCACAAACCGGGAAGGAAGCACUGGAGCAGAAUAUCAAAAUUGAAGAGGGGAAUGGUCUCCAAACACAACCCGGAGAAACAGAAGCAGAUAAAUCAAUAUCACUUACCAAAUACAUAAAAACUGAAGCAGAAAUCAAAAAGGAACCCGGACCUUCAGAGCCAUCGGCAUCUUUGGAAAACGGCGAGGCAAAGGGGAAAACUCGUGAAGAGGUGACUAGGCAGCUGAACUUUGGGGACAAGAACUCAAGCUCGAAGCUGAUGCCCUCGCCAGCACCAAAAACCUGUUCGGGAUCCAACUCCACGGCGAACAAUUAUUCCUCCAGUAACCGAAAAUCCUACACAUCGUCGUCCUUCACCAACCAUCACAAGAGUUCCUCAUCCUCUUCAUCGUCCUCCUCGUCGCGCCACUCGUCAUCAUCAUCGCGCGACUGUUCCAGAUGCUACAAGCGCUCGAAGAUCCGGCGAUCAUCUGUAGGCGUGCAAUGCAUUCAGCCCGCACCCAUCCCCGGACCCUGGCAAAUGAUUCAGAGCUUGCCGCCGAAGCCCAAUAGGCCGCCACCGGCUGGCCUUGAAAACCUCAAGUACGGCAGCUACUUUCAGGUGGAGCAGUAUCCGAAUGGAGGCGCUUCCAUCGUGCAUAUGUACCAGCACGAGAUAGACGCCUUGACGCCGGAAGAGAUGGACGAGCUGGUGGAUGAGUUUUUCGAGGUUUGCUUUGCAGAAGACGAGCAGGGCUACGCCCACCACGUGAUGGGCAUCGUGCACGACGCCGCCCGAUGUCUGCCCGAUCUUCUCGAGCAUAUGGCUGAAAAUUACUCCACGCUGACUGUGAAGGCAGGUGUCCUGGGGCGCAACUCGGACAUUGAGACAUGCACAAUGGCGCAGUAUAACGAGCAAGUUGUUCGGAAUUACUGCCAAGGCACGUUUCGAUAUGGACCAUUGCAUCAAAUCAGCUUGGUAGGCAAGGUCCACGAGGAAGUAGGCGGCUAUUUCCCUGAUCUUUUGGGGCGCAUCGAAAUGAAUCCCUUUUUACGAAAGACAAUGCCUUGGGCUUGCAAGUCAAUACUUCAAACAGAUCCGCGGCAAUCCAACGAUGGACCCAUUUUAUGGAUUCGAGCUGGCGAGCAGUUGGUGCCAACCGCCGAGCUUAACAGCAAAACUCCGCUUAAGAGGCAAAGAACCCGCAUCAAUGAGCUACGGAAUCUCCAAUACCUUCCCCGUUUAUCAGAAGCACGAGAAACUAUGAUCGAGGACCGCACCAAGGCGCAUGCAGAUCACGUGGGUCAUGGACACGAGCGCAUCACUACCGCUGCAGUUGGCAUCCUUAAGGCCGUCCACUGCGGACAGAGUUACUCACAAAAUCGCAUCACAAAAGACGUGGUCGCAUUCGCCGCUCAGGACUUCAAUACCAUGGUUGAGAUGCUGCAGCUGGACCUGCACGAACCUCCGAUCUCGCAGUGCGUCCAGUGGAUUGAGGACGCCAAGCUCAACCAACUUCGCCGCGAAGGCGUCCGCUAUGCCCGCAUUCAGCUCUGCGAUAAUGACAUUUACUUUCUUCCUCGUAACAUUAUCCACCAGUUCCGAACCGUGACGGCAGUGACAAGUAUAGCCUGGCACUUGCGCCUUCGACAGUAUUAUCCCGACCAGGAGGUCAUCAACGAAAAGAAUAACCCAGUACUGGCAGAGACACCGCACUAUAAAGAGAAGCAAACAAUCCUCCCCAAUCCAGUGGGACAUGACGAAUGUGGCAAGAAAACUCCAUCGAAACGAGCUCACGACGGCAAGGUCAAGAAGAUGUUGAUUGAUCUCGAUGGCAAGGAACGGCGUUCCAGCGAAAGCAGCAUGGAUGAGCAGCCCUCUAGGGGCAGUAUUUCGCCGGGGCAGUCUAAUAAUCAGAGCCAGGAGAGCAACAGUAGCGAAGGUGGUGCUAGCAUACCCAAGAAAAAGAACAGCAAGGAUGACUCCAAGAUAGAUAUGCGCAAGAUGGUGUUGGAGCACAAGUACAAGCUGACCAAGGCAGCUGUGCAGGAAAAUCAUCAAAAAGAGAAGCCCAAAAAGAGUAAGGACAAGUCAAGGGAGAAGGAUAAAGAAAAGGAGAAGGAAAAGGAAAAGGAGAAGUCAAAGUCAAAGGAUAAAGAUAAGGAGAAGGAAAAGGAAAAGAUCAAGGAAAGAGAACAAUAUAAGGAUAAGCAGACGGACAAAAAGAGCGAUAGCACGCCUAAGAAGCACUUACCUUCAGCCAAGUCCUGCUCACUCAGUUCGCCUUCGCCUGCAAAAAUCUCCCGGCUAACGAACGAUGUACCUGCUAUUGCCUCAGCCUCAGCCGCAGCACCUGCUCCUCCUGCUCCAAUAAGUGUUGCUGCCCUACCUAUUAUGCCGGGAUUGCCGCCGCCACUUGUGCCUCAGACCCCUUUUAUCGAUCGCCUGAACCAAAAACAACCCGAGAUCAAGAUCGAAGUGAAGAUCGUAUCAGAUAGCAAAAGUGAUAUUAAUACCUCGAGUCUAGCUUUAACCGAAGCACCUUUGCCGCCACCAGAUCCCGUCGAGGAUGUGGCUAACGAAUUGGUUGUGGAGAGCACACCGCCUCCGCAGUUGGUGGUGGAUCACGAGGAGGAAGUAUGCGAGGUGUACGAAGAGGAGAUUGUAGAAAUGGACGUGGAACUUCCCAGCAAGUCCAUAUCAGAUACGAGUUCUGCACCUCUGCCUCUUCCCCAACAGCCGCCUCAACCUCUGGUGGUAGCUCCACCGCCUCCGUUGCCCACUCCUCAAAUUGUAAAGGUGGUUCUCCCCGCUUCUUUGAAACCAAUGAGCCGAUUGUCCAUUGUGCCACCUUUACCCCCAUUGCCGCCGUCAAUGGUCGUUGCACCGCCACCGCCACCUCCGCCCCCACCACUACCACCGUCAGCCGCUAGGAGCAGCAGCGUUACUGUCACCUCUGUAGCCACCACAGCAGUAUCUCCGCUAAAACCCACCUACAAAACCUUCAGUCUGCCAUCUCACAAGAUCAUUAUCGCAGGGACCACAGGAAAUCGAGUAACAGUUUCGAAAACUUCAAAUAGCACUCCUGUCGAUUUGCUGGGAUCCAUCAUGGCAAGCAUGGAUAAGCCAGCAGCCAGCAAUUCCUAGUCCUCGUCCGCAUUCGCGCCCACAUCGUCGACGUCCUCCUCCUACGUUAGCUCUAACAAUAGCUACUGAUAGUUGCGACUACACUGGAGGAGUAGCAGAAGUAGAGGCUCCAAUUUGGACUAUGUACACUUAAAAUUUAGAACCGCCCCGUAGACCCCGUCAAACGGACUCCAAAGGGCGACAAUAACUUUUUUUUUUUUAAAGACCCUUUGCUCGUUAAGAGAUUUCAAAAUGCUUAUAGAAAGAACGAUCUAUACGCUUUUUGUUGAAAUUUGGUUAACGGCAAUAACUAUUCUCCUAUUUCUUUUAAAUGUAGUCUUGACUAAGCGAUAUUUGUUUUAGCAGCCCAAACAUCUUACUUAAUUGUAUAUAGCCAAUAUGCUUAUAUAUAGACAACUCGUACAGAAACACAACCUAUAUUUGAUAACGAACGUAGAUCAUUAAGCCUAAAAUGAUAGAAACCUGAGUGAAGUAUAGAUUUUUUUUAUUUAUUCACAUAACAAAAAUACAACAAGGACACCCUAUUUAACUCCUGUAAUGUAUUUUUUUAAUCGAACGCACUUACCCUUGUAAUUAUAAAGCUUGAAUUGAAAAUUUAAGUUCAUGGUUUGGCGAAGGUCCCAGUUUUAAUUCUUUUUUAAUAACUUUUAUUUAACUACAAAAAUAUUGAUUAUUAAAAAAUAUAUAUAUAUUAUAAACAUCAUAUAUAAACUGUAUUUAUUAAGCAGCUAUUCGUUCAAGAAACAAUAAAGAUUCGUAUCAUACAACAUUUUAAUUAGUAAAA